CGUCGACAUUCGAGAGCGUCUUACGAAUCCCCGGCUCCUCUCGUCCGGUUGCUCUGUCGUCAAUGCUUGUACUAACAGCCCCUUUAGCUAGCAUGGAUAAUCGCUUUCAUCAGCUCCAUCAUCGCGACAACACAGGUCACAAAUAGCUCCGGCUCCUUCCCGCCAUUCGCAUGGUGGACCGUCGUCUACAUGUUCUUCCUUAUCGCAGGAGUUUUCGUCGUUGUGGCUUCCGACACAGCGCAAACUUACCACGUCGCCCUUACGGGAUACCUGGGUGCAGCUCUGGCCCUGAACUCAUUGACUAUUCACUCCCUCAUUUACUCAUCCAACGGGGCUCGCCAAGCUGCUGGUGCUGGCUUCAUUCUCAUGGCCAUGGUCACCAUUGUCUGGAUCUUCUACUUCGGCUCCGCCCCCUCAGCCAAGCCGCGCGCCUACCUUGAUUCCUUUGCGCUCCAAAAGGAGUCCGGAAACCGACAGAUGAUGUACGGCGGUGGCCGACCCGAAACCUCAACCUCGGUUCAGCCUCCCCAGAUGUACACUUCGGCGCAGCUCAAUGGCUUCGAGAACCCAUCCCCCGUCCAGGGUAUUCCUACAACACAAACUCGCAACUCCGGCGUAGCCCCGACGUUCAACGCGGCGCCACCGGCCGCGAAGCCUCCUGGUCUUGACCAAGAAGUGGUGCCCCCCACCGAAUACCCCUACCGCGCGAAGGCCAUCUAUAGCUACGAGGCCAACCCUGACGACGCGAACGAGAUCUCCUUCUCAAAGCACGAGAUUCUGGAGGUUAGCGACGUGAGUGGAAGGUGGUGGCAGGCACGCAAGGAGACGGGCGAGACGGGUAUCGCGCCAAGCAACUACCUGAUCCUGUUAUAAUGAGCUCAUGAUUUUCAUUUCGCCGUUGGAGAUGGGAGCAAAAAAUGACCAUAUGGGACAUGGAAUGGUUUCGCGCUCAAAAUGCUUGUUGGAGUACAUUAAGGUCUCUUGUCCGGGAUAAAACCAUCGCCGCCUCUUUUGAGCCACAGGCGGCACACGUAUAUCCGCCGAAACGGCUUCACUUUUUUCUUCGACCUGUUGUUUCUACUUCUAUCCGCCCACCAUCGUGUGUAGGCCUUCUCCCUAUUACUGCUAGUGUAUGUUGCCAUUGUCGCUCGAGCAGAGGGAUUGUGUGUUUUCUUGUUGUGUCUUCUGGGGCGGUUUUCACGAGCAACGGGUCGGUCAUUCGGAUAGCUAUGGUAGCUCGCAGGUGGGAUACCCAUGCAUGUUGGUGUUCCCCUGCUGUUUUACAAAUGGCAUUGCAUAUAUUCACACUUCGUCCUGGCAUCUUCGAGAGU